AUGUCUGGUUCGAAGAACGCGGCUGGACCAGAGAUUGCAGAGAAAGAGCACUUCGAUGCACAGUCGCAUGUCGUGAAGCUUGACAAGCACGGGCUUCCGCUUAGUCCCCAGCCUUCUGACGAUCCAGAAGAUCCUUUGAACUGGCCAUUGCUCUACCGUAUUUUUGUGCUCAUUCAAGUUAGCCUCCUCGCGACACUGGGUACUUUCAAUACAGCCAUCAUUAAUCCCGCGUAUGGCGAACUCGCCGAAGAGUUUGGUAUAACCACCGUGCAAGCGACUGUCGUAAUAGCUCUCAAUGGCAUCGGUCCAUUCCUCUUCAUCCCCCUUGCCAAUGCAUACGGUAGAAGGCCUGUCUACCUCUUGACCACAUUCAUUGGAUUUGUAUCGGCACUGGGGUGCGCCUAUACGAAAACAUAUGGUGAAUUGAUCGGGGCGAGAAUCGUCAAUGGGAUAUUUCCAGUCGCGCUAUCACUGGGGGCUGGUACUGUCGCCGAUAUGUUCUUUCUCCAUCAACGAGGGCGUGCCAUGGGGGUGUAUACUGUUUUACUGACGAACGGAAGCCACCUCGCACCCAUUUUCGGGGGCCUCAUCGGGCAAUUUCUAGGCUGGCGUUGGAUCUUCAAAUUUGCAGCUAUUUGUGAUGCUUUCAUGUUCAUUUUCCUCGUAUUCUUCCUCCCUGAGACUCUAUACCUUCGAGAAUCAAGGCCCAGUCUCUCAGGCAUGGAAAGAUGUGGCGAGGUUGAGGGCGGCGGGGCUGAAAAUGCUAAUGUCACAGCUGAGAAAGGUUUGUGGAAGAGGCAUAUCGAUAGGUUGAGGUACAGGGGAAAGUUCGAAGGUAGGGACGUGAGGGUGAAGGAUUUUGUGCUGCCUAUUGUGGAAAUAGCAAGAUAUCCAUCCGUUCUCUUUCCUGCGCUCUACUAUGCGACACAGUACGGUUUUGGAAGCAUACUUCCUGCGGUUACCGUCUCCCACAUAUUCGCAGAGAAAUUCGGUUGGCAAACGCUUCAAAUCGGGCUCGCAUACGGAGGUUCCCUCACAAUCGGAAGUUUCCUGGGCGAGACGGCGGGUGGUUGGGUUGUCGACGCCAUCAUCGAGCGUGCACGUCGAAGAUCAGGAGACGAUGAGGACACGCCAAGCGAGGUACGGUUGAAGGCCGUAUGGACCGGUGAACUACUUGUGCCGGCCGGCCUCCUCAUCUAUGGCUUUGGUAUACAAUACGGUGCAGCGUGGCCCGGACCUAUCAUUGGGAUGGGUGUGGCGUGCUUUGGAGUUCAGUGCAUAACGACAGUCAUUAGUGACUGCCAUAGGGACCGCUCGGCACAGGUCUUCAAUUUCUUCCGCCAAGAAAUCGGAAUGACCUUUGCAUUCUACGCGAUCCCCCUCGCCACAGCUAUGGGAGGGUACCAAUGGCUUUUUAUUCUCUUCGCUGGGAUUGGGAGCAUUGUGGCGUUCCUGCCUAUCCUGUUUCUGAUGUACAGGGGAGAAGCAGUCAGGGCCCAUAUGAAUCCGUGA